UGCAGGCAGCAGGCUGAGUGCAGGAGGCGCAAUCAGUGGGAACACAAACACAACAACAACUACAAUUAAAAACAUGUCUGUGGCCAACGACUUCGGGAAUCCUUUAAGGAAAUUCAAGCUUGUCUUUCUUGGAGAGCAAAGCGUUGGAAAGACGUCUCUGAUCACACGGUUCAUGUAUGACAGCUUCGACAACACAUAUCAGGCAACGAUUGGAAUAGACUUCCUGUCAAAAACCAUGUACCUGGAGGACAGAACGGUGCGGUUGCAGUUGUGGGACACGGCAGGACAGGAGCGCUUCAGGAGCCUCAUCCCCAGCUACAUCCGAGACUCCACUGUGGCUGUGGUGGUGUACGAUAUCACAAAUGUGAAUUCAUUCCAGCAAACCUCCAAAUGGAUCGAUGAUGUCAGAACGGAGCGAGGAAGCGAUGUCAUCAUCAUGCUAGUGGGCAAUAAAACAGACCUGGCUGAUAAGAGGCAGAUCACGAUCGAAGAGGGCGAGCAGCGGGCGAAGGAGCUCAGCGUGAUGUUUAUCGAGACCAGUGCUAAGACAGGCUACAACGUCAAGCAGCUGUUCCGACGUGUGGCCGCUGCCCUUCCUGGGAUGGAGAGCAUGCAGGAGACAAGCAAAGAGGGCAUGAUUGACAUCAAGCUGGACAAACCGCAAGAGCCGACUACCACCGAAGGCGGAUGCUCCUGUUAAUAGCUCACAGCUAAUCGGGCCGCUUCAUUUACACCACAUGCUUGUUGUGUUGCUUUCUGUUGGUUGAGUUAUUCGAGUUUUCAAGAUUGGAUAUUUGGCACUCAUGUUUGACCACAAGGUCACUGGUUGAAAACAGUGUUAAGUCAAUUUCAGUUGUGAAAUAAUACACUUUAUUAACAAAAUUGCCAAAAAGUCUUAAAAAAUUUGAAAGGGAUAGGAAAAGACCCCCAACAACAACAACAACAAAAGUUCAUGGAUUAGUUUUUGUUUUUCGUUUUUAUUUUUGUACACUCAAAGAAAAUCUCUAAAAAAAAUAAUAAUGAUAAAUAAAUAAAAAAAAGAAGAAGAAAGAAAGAUGAUAGGUUUCAAACUGCUUCUUGUAUGAGGAAGAUUCAUCAGGCAGCCAGGAUAGUUUGAAGGGAACCCGAACAAUAAUUACUGGCUGAAAAUCCAAAACAAGCGUGCAUGCAAGACCUGUUUUUCAUCGCUGGUUUAGAAUUUUGUAACUCCACUCGAUUCUGUCAGCUGGCAUACGUGUACACGACUUUGAAGAUGUCCAUGUAAGUGCUUACUCACACACGUGACUAUGCACUGGAUCAAAACUUCACCUUGUUUUAAGGCUUGUGAGUGUUUUAAUGUACUUCAGAGAGAGCCAGUGUAGAAAACUGAGGCUCAGCCACAUCAACUUUGAAUCCCAGCCUGGAGAAAUGUACUUUGUUUUUUCAUUACCACACAAGCUUCUCUUCACAAGCUUCUCUCAUACUUCUCAUAUUUUAGUCACGUGAAACGAGAAGAUGAUUUAUAGACUCAAAAUCUUGUCUGUUCAGUAAGACACAGUAUGAUUUGAUGUAUGAUUUCUCUCCAGAUUGUAAUAGACUGAAGAGCUGAUCAAUUUGACAUUCCUAUUAAAAAAAAAAAAAAGCAAGCAGGAACGUGUAAGCUUUUUCGUAUUGACAUAGUAUAGUAUAGUCAAGCUUCACUGUAAAUAAUGCUUUAAGGUCGAUAGAAUAUGUAGUAUUCCUCCAAACACAGCAUUAGGUGACUACUGAGAGUUAGGGUUAUGCAGAAAUCUACUGUAGGUGCUUUAUAAAUUCGCAUCGCUCGGGGACGUUGAGGUCCGCUCCUGCGUCGUGAGGUCACACACAGCGCAGUAGCAUAGACUACUUUUUAUUUCAAUCCUUAAUGCACUUUUGAAAGGAAGAUGUAAAUGUUUCAAGGUUGUUGUAGAGAAUAUCUCACCAGUCACUAUUAAAGAAAUGACAUGACUUUUCUCUUUAGUACCGCUACAUCUAUUCACAGUUAGAAAUAAUCACGCACAUUUAUCUUUUUUUUUUCCUUCAUGAGUCAAACACUAAUAGCCUCACAAGGGACAUGGAGAGAAACAAACAUUAAAAAAGAUGCACUUUUGCAAGGAUUCGCAAAACUUUUCCAUUUAGCUCAAUGUACUUCAGGGUCACUUCAGUGACACAGACACCAUGAUUGAAACCACAAUCAUGGCAUGCACAUACCAGUGGGAGAGGACCAGAGAAUUUUGAGACUGAUAGAACCCCAGAUUUCUCGGGAAUACUUUAUCUUUGUAAACCAGAAUAGACAAAUUGCUCAGCUUCACAGUAAAUCAGAGAGUCGAGAGAUUUUUGAGUGACAUUCCAGAUAACAAGUGCAUUGCCAAGGGUUUCAAGUGAAAUUUGCACAAGAGGGUUUUGGAUUCUUAUCCACCUGCAGCAGCAAGAUCAUAUCCAUUUCCUGCUAAUUUUAGUGGAGAUAUGCGCUUUCUGACUGCAUUAUCUGUGCGCUGUAUCACUGUACACAUUCAUUCACCUACCUGAUUGUUUUGUCGGACCUCGGCUGCAUAGAAGAAGCAAAACAGGCAUCAGUUGUGCACUGUCACUCAUUAAUGACACACAAAUCUCAGCUUUGCCCUCGGUCUUAUCUCCCUGAUGCCUUCACUUAUUUUUCAAAAGGCCUGGAUAGUGGCGGCCCAGCGUGCGCAUAUGUUAGAGCAUAAAACUGGGGUGUGAGGGUAUUUAUUGGUUGAUUGUUUAACCGUUUACUUUGGCACCUUGUGACAUUUGUUUACAUUUUUGUUUACUCCCUGUAUCACCUCAUUUCACCUCAUUUGUUCUUUCACCAUUGUGUAGAUAGAGUCGACUAUAUCAUUAGGCAUGAACAGGAUGUGUGUAUAUAUAGUCUAGCCCUUAUAAGGUGUGUACCAAAACAACAGUGAAUCUGUGAUUUGUUCAUUCUUUUGUUGGCACAGUAAUACACACCAUUCUUGGCAAAAACAAGCAAACGUCUGUGUGUACGUUGGGUCCUGCUUCAGAGAGUGAGGC